AUGGCUUUAGCUAUAGGUGGCUUCCACUGCGCUCGUCUCCCUCUGAAGAGUAGGGCCUUGGCGGUCAUUUCUCCCCGAUCUCUCAACCAGUUCGACCGAAGCGACCGCGCUGUCAUCCCCCCGGCCAUCUAUCGCGCUCCCCCCUCCAUCUCCGAGACGUUCAGCAAGCUCAAGGAGCAAGGGAAGGUCGGGGUCCUCCCCACAUUUAUAUCAUUCGUGAUGCUUGUUUUGUUUUCUAUUACUUCAAUCCAAAAAACGCCGGUUUCUCGUUCUGCACUGAUGAUAAAGAAUGAAGAGCGUGGAGGAGGGGUUGACCGCGGGGGUGGGAGAGAGAGAGAGAGCGCACAACAAUUUGCAGCUCCUCUUUCAUCUCCGUACAUGCUAACCAAUGCCGGUGGUUGACAUUCAAGGUUUUAGAAUUGACUGAAACAGUGACGCGCAGAUGGCAUUCAUCCCUUACCUCACCGCCGGCGACCCUGACCUGAGGACGACGUCGGCGGCGCUGAGGAUGCUGGACGCCUGCGGGUCGGACGUGAUCGAGCUGGGAGUUCCCCACUGGGAUCCAAUAAUGGACGGGCCGGUCAUCCAGGUUGGGCGCCGACGAUCAUUCCCACUGAGUGUUCUGCUGGCGGUAUAAUUUCAAUGGAGAGAAAAAUGACGAAAAACCUUUCUUUCCGGUUACAGCGUGCCUUUGGGCGGGCGUUGGCGAGCGGUGCCGACGUUGAUGGUAUCCUGGCCAUGCUUAGCGAGGUAGGACAAAGAAUCCGCGCCUCGCUCUCGUCUCGGCUCUCUCUCUCUCUCUCUCGUCCUCCUCUUCGCCGUUUCUCCGCCCUCUCCUUUCUCGGACCCUGAGUCUCUCUCUCCCUAGCAAUCUAGUUUUCAUCUUUUCUAACUCUUUCCGAGUAUCUCUCGCUGCAGAAUAAGUAGGUAGGAAUCUGAUAAUUUCUGAAAGACGCCACCUUCUCAUCUGUACAGGUUGUUCCCGAACUAUCUUGUCCAAUCACGUUAUUUUCAUAUUUCCAUCCGGUUCAAGAGUACGGAGUCUCAAAGUUCUUGGCCGCCAUGAAGGAAGUUGGUGCACGCGGUAAGCAUAAGUUCUCCUCCCAAGUGGCCCCCAUUAUUAUUUGAUUAGGCUUGAAAUUUAAAUCGAUGUCCGACCGAUGCACCUUGACAUCACGGGGACCAUUAAUAUUUUUUUAAAACACGAUAAGAAAAUUAUCUGAUUAGCAAUUUUUAUGAACGAAGAAAAAAUUUACGGCGAGAAGAUUUAAUCCACUACAGAAGCACAAUUGCUAAAGAAAAGUGAAACUGUUCCUAAAAGGUGCACUAUCGUUCUUAAUAAAUAAUUUUAUAAAUACGAUUAUAUUCCUCAUGGGAGGUUACUAUAGUUCAAAACUUUGUCUUGCAUCUUUGCAUAUUUCAUUUGGUAUAUUGGGAUAUUAAAACAUAUUUUUUUUAGGACUUAUCGUUCCAGACCUUCCUCUCGAAGAGACUGGAACUUUACGAAUGGAAGCUUACAGAAACAAGAUUGAGAUGGUACACACUUCGUUUCUCAGCCAUUUUGCCUUAUAUUCUAGUCAAUAGUCUCUAAAAUUAUGUUCUAAAUGUCCUUUAAAAUGAUGGAUGAUGACCCACUAUGUUUUAUAUUGUUAUUUAUUAAUUUCAUUGGAUCUCCUAUAGAAAAAGCAUUUUACGAUUAGUUACUACAAAUCUAUGAUGAUGAAUUGAAAAUAUUAAAUAUUUACCAUCUUUUUCCCCAUUUUAUUCAAUAUCUGUUUUAUUCCUUCAGUAGCGUUACAGCCGAUGUAAAUUUUACGAUAUGCAGGUGUUUCACACAACACCUGGCACACGAGCAGGGAGAACGAGGGAAAUUGCUAAAGCCUCUGAGGGAUUCUUGUACCUUGUGAGUAUUUCAUUCAUACUGGUUUCUCUCAGAUAUCUACUUAUAAAUUACGUGAAAACUCGAUAAUUUUCAUAGUUCAGCAUAAUAAAUCUUGUUCUUAAAUUUUCCCCGUCUGCUGGUUGUCACCCAUGUAUAUAGAUAUUGAUAUAGAUGUAGAUAUAUCCAAAGUAAAUUUGUUCUUGGACGUUAUCGAGAAAAGCGUUUUUCAGCUAGGGUUUUAUAAUUCCCAUCAUCUAGAAGAAGAGGUUUUAUAGCCCAGCAAUGACUCUUAGUUCUGAUAUCUCUUCUAUGUAAUCGAGGACUACUUCCUCGAAUAUUUCUUCCUAAUCACGAGAAUCUCGCUGCUUCUCAACCAUUUCAUGUAAAGUUUUUUGUGACCCACCUAAGAUUCUGCAUCCUUGCACGUUAUUGAGAAAAUCUAUCCCUUUUUCAACCAUUUCCAAAUUCCUUAUCUGCACGUAGAGGUUCACUUAUCAACGCAGGAUGAAUCCUGUUGAAAUACCAAUCAUGAUCCCUAGGUUUGAUCGAUUCUCCAUUAAAACAUAAUUUACAAAGCAUACGUAUAAAACCGUACCUGCAAGUGAAACUCACCGCAAAGGUGUUGUCACACAGACGACGCACUCGGGAACCACGGGUGCACGGUCGUCCCUGAACCCUGAACUGCAGUUCGUUCUUCAGAGGCUCAGAGAGGUUUGUUCUUGCGCUCACUCUUCAUUAAGCUCCGCAUCCCCACGACUAUACGUAUAAACUCGUCAAAAUUGACCGUUCAAUGGUGAUCCAUCCUCGGCAGGACACCAGCAAGCCCAUUGCGGUGGGGUUCGGCAUAUCAGAACCGGAGCACGUCAGACAGGUGAGCUGCCUCUGCUCUUUCUUCGAAGGUCCCCCCCGUGUAAGUGAGAAGCUGACGAAGAGUGGCGGAUCCGUCGCAGCUGUCGGCGUGGGGAGCGGAUGGCGUGAUUGUGGGAAGCGCUCUCGUGCAGAGGCUGGGCGAGGCGGUGUCACCCAGCGAAGGGCUGAGGGCGAUGGAGGCCCACGUGAGGUCUCUAAUGGCGGCCCUGCCCUAG